UCCAAGCCCUGAACUUUUAGGACUCAAAACAUAACAAAGAUAGAAAGGGACGAGCCAGAAAUAGCUAGAAGCAGCAACAAUGGUGGCACCAUAUAGUCCUGUCCAGACGGCAUUCGAAGCAGCCAUCACUGAAUGCUCCAAGCAACCACCAUGGUCGACUCUAUUGAUGUUCAUGCCUCUGCUAAAUAUGACAAUGCCGCAUCCUUGAAUCACAAUUUGCAACCGGGAGAUAUUAUCCUCCGCGAAGCUCCCUUAUUCGUCGUUCAGCAGCCCUCUAAUGGCCGAAAUGGUUCUUUCCUGUGUUCCAUAUUCAACGCAAAAAACAUUCCCGCGAGCACCGUUGAAUAUGAGAUUCAAAAGCUAAGCCCGGAGCACAAAGCGGAGUUGCGAAAGAUCGCCUGUGAGGAGGACACUGAUAUCUCCCGGUUUAGGAGUUGCAACUAUGACAUUCGACCAAAGCAAAAUGAGGCACCGACUGCCCUUGGGAUUUUCUCUAAGGGAUCUUAUGUUAAUCAUUCCUGUCAGCCGAAUGCCUUGUAUUUCUGGGAUGAAGAGACGGAAAGCAUGAUAUGGGUCGCAUUGAAGCAUAUUGUGGCCGGGUAGGAGAUCAACAUCUCCUACCUACCGAUAUUUAACUGAUAGGAUGUUACCGAG